AAGAAUUGUGAACGCGGAUAUUUCAAGAACGCGCACGUCAUUUGGCCGUAAAUACGUCAGUGAAGCGCGCCGUCGUUCUUUCUUUCUCUCGUCCUGAAGAUGGCGGCAGGGACUCUGUACACGUACCCAGAGAACUGGCGGGCCUUUAAGGCCCAGAUUGCAGCCCAGUACAGUGGUGCUCGCCUCAAAGUUGCCACGAGUGCCCCUGCCUUCACCUUCGGGCAGACGAACCGUACUCCUGCCUUCCUCAACAACUUCCCUCUGGGCAAGGUACCUGCCUACCAGGGAGAUGACGGCUUCUGUCUGUUUGAGAGUAAUGCCAUUGCUCACUACUUGAGCAAUGAUACCCUACGCGGUUCCACUCCUCAGGCGGCAGCCCAAGUGCUGCAGUGGGUGAGCUUCGCUGACUCAGAGAUCAUCCCUCCUGCCAGCGCAUGGGUCUUCCCCACUCUGGGAAUCAUGCAGUUCAACAAGCAGGCCACCGAGCAGGCCAAGGAGGAUGUGAAAAAGUUCCUUGCUGUGCUGAACCAACACCUGAACACCCGUACCUUCCUUGUGGGAGAGAGGGUCACCCUUGCAGACAUCACCGUGGCCUGCUCCAUGCUCUGGCUCUACAAACAGGUCCUGGAGCCUUCUUUCCGUCAGCCCUAUCCCAAUGUGACCCGCUGGUUUGUCACCUGUGUCAACCAGCCACAGUUCAAGGCUGUCCUGGGAGAGGUCAAGCUGUGUGAAAAGAUGGCCCAGUUUGACGCCAAGAAAUUUGCUGAGAUGCAGCCCAAGAAAGAGACUCCUUCCAAGAAAGAGAAGGGAGGAAAGGAGGCUGGCAAGCCCCAGGAGAAGAAAGAGAAGAAGAAGGAAGAGAAAAAGGAAGAGAAGAAGCCUGAUCCUGAAGAGGAAAUGGAUGACUGUGAUGCUGUUUUGGCUGCAGAGCCUAAAACCAAGGACCCCUUUGCACACCUGCCAAAGAGCGCAUUUGUUAUGGAUGAGUUCAAGAGAAAGUAUUCCAACGAGGACACCUUGACCGUAGCCAUUCCCCACUUCUGGGAGCACUUUGACCGUGAGGGCUACUCAAUCUGGCACAGCCAGUACAAAUAUCCCGAGGAGCUCACACUUACCUUCAAGAGCUGCAACCUUAUCACAGGUAUGUUCCAGCGCCUGGACAAACUCAGAAAGAAUGCCUUUGCCAGUGUCAUCUUGUUCGGCACCAACAACGACAGCAGCAUCUCUGGCAUCUGGGUCUUCAGAGGCCAGGAACUGGCCUUCACUCUCUCUGAAGAUUGGCAGAUUGACUACGAAUCAUAUGACUGGCGCAAGCUGGAUCCAAACAGUGAAGAGUGCAAAACCAUGGUAAAAGAGUACUUUGCCUGGGAGGGAGACUUCAAGCAUGUGGGUAAAGCCUUCAACCAGGGCAAGAUCUUCAAGUGAGAGGACACUGAUAGUCAACAAAAGCACUCUGCGCUUCUGCUCUCCAACACUUAAAACCAAUGGACAUUGAGCCACACAUGCUUACUUACCUGCAGGAAUGACAGUAUUUGAAGACAAGAAUUAAGUUUCUCUGUGGCCUUCAAAGUGGUUUUCUGGUUGUUUGACGUGCGAAAUAAAGCAUUUCCCUCAAUGCUA